CAUGAUUGCUUUGGAAACUGAACAAUCCCUCCCGAGCGAGGAGCGGAUGCCAAAACCGGAGCCUACGACAUCACACCCACAAAGAACACUAACACGGUCGAGCGCUGUUAGCCAAAAAUCCGUUGAAAUAAUGGUUCAUCCGGAAGGGUCAAACAAUCCUCUCCAUAGAUCCAAACUAGCUCCAACUAGAUCUUCCUCAGAGACGCAAUCUUCCGGGAAGAAGAUGUUAAAUUUGAGAAAAACUAAAAACUCAUCAAUAGAAUCGACGAUGAGCCUGCCCAACCAGAAGUCAUUGGAGAAGAAGCACGGAGGCCUGCGGCAUCAGAAGGCGGUUGUGGUGCAGGCGCACUCCGACAUAACGUUAAGCACUCAGCCGUCGAUGUCGGACGACAGGAAGGCGCUGAGGGAAGCAUUGUACCAGGGUAUCUUUCACAGGCACAGGAGGACGAUCUUCGCGGUAGGCUCCUUCCUCAGGAUGCUGAGGAGCAAAACGUCCAACUAUGAUUCUAUAAGGUCGGACUCCGACGAGAUAUAGCACCCGUAGAUCGUCUAAGUGUAUUUUUAGUAAAAAAUGGUGCCACAGACUGAUUGUGCUUUGUAAGGAGAGAAAAUAUGUUAUUAGUGUGUAAGGACAAUUUGUUUGUAUUAAAAUGUUCCUAAUUA